AUGAGACAAAAUCACGGGCAUCUCAGAGCCAUUCAUUCGAUUUUCAUUAUCUUUCCCAACCUCAAUAUCAAUAUUCUGUCCCUCUAUCACUGGUACAAACCUCCAUUCCUUACGCUGACGACGCAGUGGACCCCUGGCCCGCUACCGCUGUGGACCUGA